ACCUAGGUUCAAUUGUAAACAUUAAAAUUUAUUUCAGCUUGGUUGUUUUCUCGCAGAUAACCACUGACAGUUAUUUUGAGCCAGUUUAGGUUCUUACGCAGGUACUGGUUAACGAUAAGCGGUUAUUUUUUGUAUUAAAUGAAGGUUUUUAAGAGCAGAAUCAGGAGCAUUAGCAGUCGCUCCAGAAAUUAACAAAUUGGGAUGUAUAGGAUUUUGUUUGCUUGUUAGGUCUUGUUAAAUUGCCGUUAAACAUCUCUUGAUACGUUGCCAUAUGUUGCAAGUCUUGUGAACAGUGGUGCCAUGGUUAUAAGCUGACAUAUGCUCUAUAACGUUUGAGCGUAACUAAAACUAAUAACGUUUGUUGAGAGGCUAGGUUAGCCAAAUAGCAUCUCAUGAUCUAAUGAUGACUACCCUCACGAGACAAGACCUCAAUUUUGGGCAAGUCGUUGCUGACAUAUUAUGCGAAUUCCUGGAAGUAGCCAUUCACCUUAUCCUUUACGUUCGAGAGGUGUAUCCGUCUGGAAUAUUUCAGAAAAGGAAGAAGUACAACGUGCCUGUCCAGAUGUCAUGCCACCCAGAGCUGAACCAGUACAUUCAGGAUACUCUUCACUGUGUAAAACCGCUGAUUGAGAAGAAUGAGGCAGAGAAAGUAGUUGUCGUGAUUAUGGACAAAGAGCACCAUCCGGUUGAGCGCUUUGUGUUUGAAAUUUCCCAGCCUCCCCUGCUGUCAAUCAGCUCGGAAACGUUGCUCUCCCACGUGGAGCAGUUGCUAAGAGCUGUAAUACUGAAGAUCAGUGUGUGUGAUGCUGUUCUGGAAAACAACCCCCCAGGUUGUACUUUUACAGUGCUGGUGCACACCAGGGAGGCAGCGACGCGAAAUAUGGAGAAGGUUCAAGUUAUUAAGGACUUUCCGUGGAUUGUGGCAGAUGAACAGGAGGUUCACAUGACAGAGCCCAGACUCAUCCCCCUGAAAACAAUGACAUCAGAUAUAGUGAAGAUGCAGCUGUAUGUGGAGGAGAGAGCACAGAAAGCCUCUUAAAGUGCAUUUAGUACUGCAACUGUAACAAAUAACUCGACAGUUCUCCGUUUCUCAAGUGAAACUUUUACUCUGAAAACAGUAGAAGUACAUUUUGAACUGGAGAUUAGUGUGAAUAUGUUGCAUAUGGAGACGCAGGACUCUGUGAUCAGUGUGUAUGACAUUAGAAUAACAGACCUCAGGCAGCCUGAGGAAACUUAACAGGCAUCAGCAGCAGUGUACUGGGGCUUGCAUUUUGUCUUUGCUGAGAGGUGGUCUGUUUACUAUGACAGUCUUGGGUCAUGUAAUAUUUGAGUAAGUAUUUGUUUACAUUUGUAUAGUAUAACUGACAGUGUGUCUAAGGUCAGUCCCUUUCAUGAUUAUCACUUAAUUACUUACCUCUGACACUGUUUAUAUCAUUAAACUAUAAAUUA